GCCCUGUAGUAGACCGGUCUGCCUGCACCGGGAGCGAAUACUGCCGGGACAAGUAAACGACAAACAGCAGUCAUCGGGCUGUCAACCCAUGAUUUGGACUAACAUCUCCAGCGGAAUCAUGCCGGCCGCCUACCAAAAAGAGGUAUGUACCGGUUGUCACCUACCCAUCGAGGAUCGGUACUUGUUGAAGGUGAUGGACCAUUCGUGGCAUGAGCAAUGUCUGCAGUGCUCUGUCUGCCAAGUCCAUCUCUCCGGAUCCUGCUUCUCUAAGGACAAAAAACUUUACUGCAAAGACGAUUAUGACAAGUUGUUUGGUGCAAAGUGCAGUGGCUGUUUACAACCUAUACCUGCUAACGAGCUUGUGAUGCGAGCUGUGGGUAACGUGUUUCACCUGGGCUGUUUUAUCUGCGUCAUCUGUGGCCGCCAGCUCCAGAAAGGGGAGCAGUUCGUCUACAAGGACGCCCAACUCUUCUGUCGACUAGACUUUGAAAAAGAGUGCAGUUUGUUACCGCUUAGCCCCAAAAGCGAUGGAGGCGACAGUUAUGAUGAAGCGGAGAGUGACGGAGGUAAAGGACCAAAGCGACCCAGAACCAUACUGACCACGAGUCAACGGAGGAAAUUCAAAGCUUCGUUUGAAAUUAACCCCAAACCUUGUCGAAAGGUUCGUGAAAAAUUAGCGGCUGAGACAGGGUUGAGCGUGCGUGUUGUCCAGGUCUGGUUUCAGAACCAGCGGGCUAAGGUGAAAAAAAUUGCAAGACGUCAAAAUCAAGAUCAGGGCGUUGAAAAUAACAACAACAACAAUAAAAAUCGUAACCACAAAAAAAGGACGAGGUCAGAGGACGACCCUGAAACAGAUAAUGACAUGAACCUGACAAAUGGGGAAUCGAACAAUCCGCAUAUGUCUUUAACACCCAAUCCACAGUUUAGUGGCGGUCAGCUACGAGGAUAUGAUGCCACAGGUCAAGAUUUAUAUGGCAGCCAGCCUCACUCAUUACCAGACAGUCUGUACUCUGACACUUCCAUGGUCCUGGAGGAAAGCAUGGACGGCCUGGACCCCAUGCUACUCAACGACAACAACGCCACACAUUCCAACAACAACGGAGGCUCCGUGAUCAACCCUAUAGACAAACUCUACUCCAUGCAAAGCUCUUAUUUCAGCGUGGAAUGA